AUGGACAGACUCUCACCCGAGAUGCUGCACAUGGUGUGCAGCUACUUGAGCAGUGGCGAUGUCUGCAAUCUCCGCCUGGUCAACCGGGUCUUUGCACAGCUGGGCGAAUGCUACCUCGUUCCGGACCUUCGCUUCUACCUCCACAGCCAGGAACUGCGGCGCCUUCGAGGUAUCGCCGGCCACAAGGGCGUGGCCAAACAUGUCAAGUCACUGACAUACUCCUGCGACCUGCUAGACGCCCAGGACCGCCAGCAUCUUGUGUCCUUUGCCUGGAGCUAUGCAGCAACCCACUGCGCCGGACGGGUCCGCGACCUGUACGAGGGUACCGAGCUCAAAAAGUUCGUCAUGGACCUCUUCAGAGCCUAUGAGGCGGACGUGCAGGCACAGGAGGACAUCAUCAGAAAAGGAGCCGACGUCGACUGUCUCAGAGAGGUGCUGCCCAGCUUCACCAACAUUCGGCGCAUCGCAAUCCAUGCAAACCUUUUCCCUGCCGACUCAUACCAGGAUCCUACGGCACAAUCCCAGCUCACGAGAAAGAGCAAGAAGCUCGCCAUCGAGCAGCUUGGUGGACACUUCAUGGACCAUCUCCACCCCUUGGGCUGCCGCCACCUGGAGAGCGUCUUGACAGGCCUCACGGACGCGCACACAACAAGCCUCCGAAGCUUUUACGCAGGAUCUUUGAGCUGGCGGUUCUUUGACAGAGAUGCGGCCGAAGUCGUCCGGCUUCUCAAACCUCUUCGCAACAUCCAGCACCUCGAGCUCGUCAUCGAGGCCGCCCUGGACCCACACUACAGCCUUCGGGAGAGUGUUGCACAGUGUCGAAGGACCAUGGGCUCGCGACGCGGCCACCCGCUGCGGGAGGCCCUCAAGUCCAUGCCGCGCCUGAUGACACUCAAGAUCAGCUUUGCCCAUUCACGGUCCGGCGACAUGGACUCCCCGUGGUUUGCCGCCGAUCUUGCCGACGUCAUCGAGCCGGGCCACUCCUGGGCAAACCUGCGCGAGCUCUACCUGCAAGGCAUAGAUACCACACGGCAGGUGCUCAUGGACACAAUACGACAACACAAUGGCAGGCUGCAGAAGCUGAGCCUGGAAGACAUCGGCCUUAGGAACACAUCGUGGCACAAGCUUGUGCCGGAUAUACGACAGCAAAUACACCUGCAAGACUUCUCAGUGUCGGGUGUGCUGAUGGGCCAGGCCGAGGGAGACAGCAGCAGUAUGGACUCGAGCCUGCGCACCACGUCAGCGGUGGAGCAGCUGCCGACUGAGUGUUGGACUUUGCCCAGAGAGGAGGACAAAUAUGUAGACUAUUCCUUGCUGGUCCUCAAGGAGUCGAUCAACGACUACUGCCGCCUUGGAGGACAACAGUACCCCGGCGAAUGCCCGCUUACAAUGGCACCGACGAUAGCAACGACAGCACAAGUCACCACCGGCGCCACCACGGCAGCCACAGCAGCAGCAACAACAACGACAAACACGACAGCAAUAAGGCAUCCUCUCGAUAUGCCUCCCACCCGACAUUUGGUAGGGAAAGAAAUCCUAGUAUGA